AUGCCGAGCGCUGAUACAUCCAUGCCACAAUACAUGUGGUCUCGUACUGUUUAUGUUGUUGCCUUUGUUUGGUUACUGCUCCUAUGGUUACUAGUCUGGUCAUGGCGAGAUGACGGCAUCGUCCCCACAAGCGAACGAGAAUCAGAUGGCCCUACCAAUGUCAUUGCCCCCAUUGAGCCCUUGAUUACGAUACCAGAGGAUAUGGGUACCUUGUGUACUUCUGACACCUACAACGUUGGCCAGUGGGUACGACGAGAGAAGCUGCUGCGUGCGGAUAAGCCAAGCGACAUUGAAAAGGUUGCUGGAUACCACUGCAGUGGUGGAUUCCCUCACAAAUGCUAUCGACGUCUUGAUGAAGGAAACGAGUUCAAUCGAAGCAAACACAUUAUGGAUUACGUAUGGGAGCCUUCAGAAUGUGAACUUGUACCCUUUGACGCCAAACGAUUUGCUGAAUACCUAAGCAACCAUCCCCUCGUCUUUGUGGGUGAUUCUAUCAAUCAACUGGAAUUUGAGAGCAUGGGAUGUUUAUUGGGCGAGAAGCUCACGUCUCCACCGGGUGAUACUCAGCUGUCAGGAGGUGAUCGCAACAUGUGGGUGAGCCAAUUUGUCCAUCAAGAUAAACUCCAUGUCGAAGGUGCUGUCACUAUGGCUUAUUUACGUUCGGAUUACUUGGUGCGUCUUGAUGACUUCAAGCUUAUGGAACCCAAUGAUGAUGAAGGCUAUAUCAUUGGUAAGGGUACCAACUUUCCAUGGGUGCAUGCUCUUUCACGGUUUGACCAUAUUGUCAUCAAUACGGCUGCUCAUUGGCACACGGAUCUAAAAUGGGGCCCCAAUGAAUCCGACAAGGAAAUGAUGGAUGCUUAUCGUCGAGCUAUGCGCAUUAUUUUUGAUUAUUUGCAACGCAAUCUCAGACCUGUUCAACGUGUAUGGGUACGAAGCACACCUUAUGGUCAUGCCAAAUGCUCCCGAUACACUGAGCCUAGCAAGACACCCUUUGCCCCCACACGCAAGGAAGGUGAAUUCCAAUGGGACAUGUUUGAAAAGAUGGAUCAAGUUUGGAAGGAAAUGAUUGAUGAAGCCCAAGACUAUCGCAUUCGAUUCUUUAAUGUAUCCAAUAUGGCUAAUCUUCGUGGUGAUGCACAUUCAAGACCCGAUUCAGAUUGCUUGCACACUUGUUUACCAGGUCCUGUUGAUGAUUGGAACAAGUUGCUCUUUCAUGAAAUUGCCAGGGACGCUGCUGGAUCAGCUUAG